UGCAUUAUUCCCUAUCUUCUGUUAUCACUGUCUUCUCCUUUUAGAUUUUGUACUUCUUUUGGAGUUCCAAGCUCCUUCGAUUACCGUAUCAGUAUUGCUGAGUGUUUGCAGAGUAUUCCAAGUUACUGAUUCUAAAUUGAUUUCUUGUUGAAAUUCUUCAGAACUGUUUGGAAUGUGUCCACCACCACCCAUUCCUGCUAAUUUCCUUACUUCUUGCACUGUUUUUUUUUUAUUCCUUUUCAAAAUUCUAUUUCGUAUUUAAUUUCGUUAAAGUAUAUGGUUAGACAAUUGAUUUAUAUAAAAGAUUUUAAUAAGGAUUAAGACUAAACAUGUUAGAACAUAAAUUUUCAUGGAAGGCAAUGAGGAUAGUCAUUGAAAUCUUACAGCAUGAUAAAUGUUUGAAGUCUGUUGCCUGGAAUUAUUUAUGUCUGACUAUCCCGACGGUUAUGUAUGGACGAGCGUAUGUAUUAAACCACUGGAAUGACAUUGGCACACCGAUGCCAGUGAUUAAGCUGAUGAUGGGAUGUUAGCCUUAGGGCUAUCUUAUUUUGGGCAAUAUAAGUACCAGUGAUGGUUGUACCCCACAUCAGUGUCCUUGCAGGUUUAGUACAUACAUACGGGACAUCAUUUAGGAGGUUGUUGAAAUCAUGGCCAAGCACCAUCCUGAUUUGAUUAUGUGCAGGAAGCAGCCAGGGAUUGCGAUUGGACGACUUUGCGAGAAAUGUGAUGGCAAGUGUGUGAUCUGUGAUUCUUACGUGCGUCCUUGUACUCUCGUCCGGGUCUGUGAUGAAUGCAACUACGGCUCAUUUCAAGGUCGUUGUGUCAUAUGUGGAGGAGUAGGAAUUUCGGAUGCUUACUACUGCAAAGAGUGUACACAACAGGAGAAAGAUAGGGAUGGUUGCCCUAAAAUUGUGAAUUUAGGGAGUGCCAAAACUGACCUGUUUUAUGAACGUAAAAAGUAUGGUUUUAAGAAACGAUGAUGACGAUGAUGACGACGACGACGACGCCGGAUUCUUGAUAGGCUUGGAUCUUAUUACUAAGACUGCCUUUUGAGAUUGAUGUAUUUUACUUGGAUGUUAGAUAGGAAAGGGUAUGUCUGCAUUCAUGUGAUGUUGAUGCAUGAUAUGAAUAACCGUUGUGUAUGCAUUUAACCUUUUUAUAAUAACGACUAGCUCUAUUAUUAAGGUCCAUGAUCAUGGACUGUUAUGAGAAAAUGUAAAGAAAAUGCACCUAGGUCAUUGUAAAGAAAUCGAGCACGUGGAAUUUCCUACU